AUGUCAACUUCAUUUACUACAAAUGAUGAAUACCAAUUUGAUGCAUUCGAAGAUGGUUCUUCAAAAUUGGUUGGAGAACAACAAUUAACAAAAUUAAAUCAAUUUGCUGUUGAUUAUGCACAACAGAUUUGGAAGAUUGAAGAAGCAUUGGAUGAAUCGAUCAAUGAAUCGUCUGAUUUUAAUGUGGAUCCCGUGUCAUUGUACAUUCGACCAUACGAGCAACAAGACAUUAUAGAGUUGAUCAAGACCGAGCACAAGAUCUUUAACAAGGUGAUGCUCGUCUUUGCAUCGUUGUGCAAUCAGGUGCGUAUCGUCAAGGAGACGGCUGAACUGCGUUUCUACCAGCCACUCAUUGUGUUUGGCGAGAUUACUGGUGAGGCAAGUGAGGGUGACGUGCAAGAAGAGGUGGCUCGUCUGCUACCAUUCAUGAUUGAUCUGUCGGCACUGGUCAACCGAUGCUACAGCAUUGCACGUAACUUUGUGUCACAAUUGGCGUCGAUCUAUCAGUCGUCGCCAACCACCUACACCAAGUUCUUUAAAAACACGCAUCUCCAAACUGUGUUUUAUUCAAUGGCCGACUUGUUUGCCGUUCUGAUCACAUUGGACCAGAUCAUUGUCAACAACCAGGCACUUGACUCUGCAUGGGGACGUUACCAACGUAUGGUCAAGAGUGUGCGUGCCGAGCCGGGCAAAUACGGCGUUGCCGAAGAAGAGAAGCUUUGGCAGCUCGAGAAGCUCCUCCUCUCACUCAAGGGACAGUUGUUGGAAGGUUAUAUCUUCCAGACUUGCGUGCAACAAGAGUUUGACUUCCCAGGUGUCGUCGAUGUACGUCAAAACAAGCCGCUCAAGGCCGAGUUUGUGCACAACCUCAAGGCCAUCUUUGGCAUGCUCCAAGCCAAGAUGAUGGACCCGUCCGAACUGUACCUGCGCGAGCGUUUCCCCGGCAUGAUGGGUCUCUACACAUUCUACGUGUCCAUCUUUAAAGAUAUUACCGACAAGUCAUUCUUUAAGCAGAUCUGGGAGCUCAUUAAAAAGGUGCCAAUGAUCUCCAUCUACAACAAUGUCUUUUGGUACCCCGCUGACUUUAUUUUCAAGCUUAUGCCCGGUAUGAUGAAGAUUAUCGGUACCGUCGACGUUGUCGGUAUUCGUCGCGAGUACCUCAAGGUUGUAGAUCGUGAGUUUGCCGGUCGUGUCAAAUCCUACUAUCUUCAAGUCAGUCGCUGGAUGGUACGUAUGGAGUCAAGCAACCUCAACCGCGGUACCACCUUUUGGGAUGCCAAUCUAUCACGUAUCGGUCAGAUUAUCCAAGGUGUUCUCCUCUCCUACCACAUUAGUCAUCUCUUCAAGACCAUGAUUGGAUUGCACAUGAACCUUACUGCACCACUCAAACCAUCAGAUGUACGUCGUCUCUUCCAGUGUGCCGAGAUGCUCAAAGCCAUCCAAGGAACAUUCCAUCGUCGUUCUUCUAUGAUCUCUGCUCACAUCUCACUCAUGACUCAACACUUGACAACCAUCAUCAACAACAAAUUGGAUAUCGUCCGUAAUAGAUAUACUGGUAAAUCAAGUUAUUCCGACACCGAGUUGGAUGUUAUCAUGGCUCUCACUUUAACAUCUGAUUUACUUUGUGGUGUUGCAACUCCAGAACGUAUCCUAAUCAUGAAAUUAUGUUUAAAUGUUAUUUAUCAAGCUAAUUAUUUAAAGGAUCAAGAUAUUGAAGAUCUUAGACUUCAUAUUAAAAGACUUGAAUUUAUUUCAGAUAUUCACAAUCAAAUUAGAAAAGUUUGUGAUUGUUCAUUAUUAUUUUGGGCUCGUGAUCUUUUCCCAACUUAUCUUCAAUUUAUUUAUGAAAAUCCAAAUCAAGCUUCAAGUAUUCAAUAUGCAUUAACUGGUAUGAAGGAUGUUGUAUCAAUUUUAGAAAAAGCAAUUCAUGUUGAAGAUCCAAACAAAUUAAUUGAACUUUAUAGAAUUGAAUUGGAAGAUUUAAUGGAAAAGUUUAUUAUCCAACCAUUAGGAAAAGACAUUGAAACCGAUCUUCGUCUUCGUAUUCAUAGUUUCCUCAAUGUCGCUGAAAAGGAUCCAUUCAAGAGUGGUAUCAAAGAGUUUGGUAAAUUCCUCGAACUCAAGCCACUACGUUUCUUUGACAAGACUAUCGAUAUCAAAGCACGUAUUGCUCAUUACCUCGAUUCCACCUUUUACAACUUGAAUACUGUAGCUCUAUUUGAUUGGAAGACUUACUCUGAAAUGAGAAAUAUGGCUUUCUACAAAUAUGGUUUAAAUCUUUUAGAAGUUCAUUUACCUGGUGCUACUCUUGAACAAGGUUUAGAUGUUUUAGAAAUUAUGAGAAAUAUUCAUAUUUUUGUAGCAAGAUACAAUUAUAAUUUAAAUAAUCAAAUUUUCAUUCAAAGAUCAUCGAAUAGUAAAACACUCAAUACUAUCAAUAUUACACAUGUUGCCAAUUCAAUCCGUACUCAUGGUGCUGGUAUUAUGGACACAACCGUCAACUUUGCUUUCCAAUUUUUAAAGCAAAAGUUUUCAAUCUUUUCAGAAUUCUUGUUUGAUGAUCAAAUUAAAUCAAGAUUAUAUAAAAAUUUAAAGUACUUUAGAGAAAACAAAGAAAAAUUAGAUAAUAUGUAUCCAUUUGAUUUGGCAGUUGAAUUUGAAAAGGAUAUUCGUCAAUUGGGUCUUACUGAAGCAGGUCUCAGUUUCUUGGAUCAAUUUAGAAUUUUAAUUACUCAUAUUGGUAAUGCCAUGGGUUACAUUCGUCUUGUUAGAUCUGGUGGUCAACAAUACUGCAGUAAUGCCAUUCGAUUUGUACCCGAUCUCAAAAAGAUCCCCAACUUUGAAGAGUUGAUCAAGAUGCAUCCGCUCUCUGCCGAGACAAUGGAGUCGAGCAAGAACCUCGACAAUGUCAUCCAAAACCUCGCAUCCAACGUGUCGGAUGGUACCGAGUACUUUAAGUUGCUCGUCGACGUCUUUUCGACGGCGUUGCGUAGUGUCAACAACCAACAUCUCAACAACUUUUAUGCCAUCGUACCACCCCUCACCAUCAACUACAUCGACCACAUCAUCAACGCCAAGGACAAGCUCUUUAAAAAGAGCAAGGCAAUCGGUGCCGAGAGUCUCCAGUUUACCGACGACGGUUUUGCCAUUGGUUUGGCAUACAUCCUCAAGCUACUCGAUCAAAACAAGCAGUUUGACUCGUUGCACUGGUUCGAACGUAUCCAAAAGAAGUACGAAGACGAUCAAAGAAAUAUCUUGGCAGAGUCACAAGCCAGAGGCAUGAAGGAAGAUCAAAAUCAAUUGUCUGUUAAAAAGGUCAGAUCUCUUCAAACCGAAUUUGAAUUAUUCAAAUAUUCAUUCUCUGGUGCUAGAAUCUUUUUCAAAGGUGAUUAA